UCAUCGUCUCAUUUAGAGUCUUAUUCCAUUCAUGACUCUUCUAUGAACAAAAAGAAUGUAAUAUAGCUCCUUCCCUUAUGCUACAUUAUUAUUGUCAUAUCAUUAUCUCUCUCCCUCUCCCUUUUAUUCUCUCCCUCCCGGUUUGAAUCUCUCCCUCUCUCUCCCUCUCUCUCUCUCCGGCUCAUACUCAAUAAGUGGAUAACAACUCUUGAUCCACUCCACCAUUCUAGGAUUUCUACAUCUCUUCUAUAUCUCCUUCAAGAUAAAACUUUAUCCACUCUUCCCCCUUCUUUUGUGCAUCCAUUCUCCACACUCCAAUGCCUCUCAUCUCCUAGACCACUCUCUCAACUCAUACUCACUCAAUUCCGGUCCCGAAACUCGAAAUUAAAAUUCCUCGAAUUUUUCACGUAAAUAAAAUCCUCGUUCAUGGAUUAUUUACAAGAAAGAGCAUGGAAAGAAUCAAACGAUCACCAUGUAAACAAUAACAACAACAAUAACAACAACUUGAGGCGCGUUUUCGUGCCCGGCCCGGUUAUCGUGGGGGCCGGGCCGUCCGGGCUAGCGGUGGCUGCAUGCCUGAAGCAACGUGGAAUCCCUAGUGUUAUUAUCGAAAGAACAAAUUGUGUAGCAUCAUUAUGGCAACUCAAAAGCUAUGAUCGGCUCCGCCUUCAUUUACCAAAGCAAUUUUGUGAGCUUCCUCUCAUGCCCUUCCCUCAAAGCUUCCCAACUUACCCUACUAAGCAACAAUUCAUAACCUACCUUGAGGCCUACGCAACCAAAUUCGACAUCAACCCGUUAUUCGACGAGAGUGUCGAGAGUGCCACGUUCGAUUCGGGCAUCGGGUUCUGGCGCGUGAGGAGCGUGGGCAAGGGGAAGAGUGGGGAAGAGGGGGGUGGGCAUGAGUUUGUGUGUCGGUGGCUCGUGGUGGCCACCGGAGAGAAUGCGGAGGAGGUGGUGCCGGAAAUUCGGGGAAUGAAGGAGUUUAAGGGGCAAAUAGUGCAUACUAGUUGUUAUAAAAGUGGUGGUGCAUUUCAAGGGAAGAAAGUUUUGGUGGUUGGAUGUGGAAAUUCAGGCAUGGAAGUUUGCUUUGAUCUUUGCCUUCAUAAUGCUUCUCCUUCCCUUGUUGUUAGAGAUGCCGUUCAUGUUUUGCCGAGAGAGAUGCUUGGAAGAUCGACUUUCGGGCUGUCAAUGUGGUUGCUCAAGUGGUUUCCAGUCCGCCUAGUCGAUGCUUUCUUGUUGAUUGUUUGUAGAAUUCUGCUCGGAGAUACUUCGAAGCUCGGCCUUGUCCGGCCCCGGAUCGGACCUCUGGAGCUCAAGAGCUCUGCAGGGAAAACACCCGUGUUGGACGUCGGGACACUUGAUAGGAUUAAAAAAGGUGACAUCAAGGUAGUUCCCGGGAUUAAGAGAUUAACGCGACAAACAGUGGAGUUUGUGAACGGAGAAACAGAGGAUUUCGAUGCAAUAAUCUUAGCAACUGGUUAUAAAAGCAAUGUACCCUCGUGGCUGAAGGAGAAGGGAAUGUUUUCAGAGAAAGACGGGUUCCCUCGACAGCCAUUUCCCAACGGCUGGAAAGGCGACAAUGGACUAUACGCGGUGGGGUUCACGAAACGUGGCCUCCUGGGGGCAUCAAUGGAUGCUAGGCGAAUUGCAGAGGAUAUCGAAGGGUGCUGGAAGGCGGAGGUCAAGAAUCUGACGCCUUUGUCGCGGUCAUAGUCACCCUAAUCACACUAUUUUUGUCUUGGAAUAGUUAGUUAGGUAGUUGGCACAUUUUAGUUUUUGAUUGAAAGUACUAAACAUGGCCUAGCUAGGAGGAAUGGUUUUGUUGUGGUACAUAUACAUAUUGUUGGUACCAAGAAAUUGCAGCAAUUUCUUCAUUGUGGGGGACCUGGGGUCGAAGUUCACGAGUCAUAGUCAAAAUCGGUCAGAGACCCUAAUUUGUAUAUAUUCCGCGUGAAAUUUCUUCAUUGUGGGGGAUCUGGAGCUGAAGUUCACGAGUCAUAGUCAAAAUCGGUUUGAGACCCUGAUUUGUAUGUUUCGGGCCAUAAAUGUCUGGGGCACUCUAGACGCAAGGCUUGUUCGUCUAUAGCCAGGGACCGGACCGGACGAGGGACCUCAGCUGCAAGAUUGUACACAGUUGACACUUAUUGCUGUUAUUAUGACAGGAGAGGUGGGGUUUUUGAGUAGGAGUGUUAGAGGUUUUUGGGGUUUGUAAUGGAAGUGACACUGAGAUAGGAAAUGAUUUCUAAUCAAAAGUUCAUAUAUAAAUGAAUGAUUAUGAGGAGAUUUGGUAUCGAAAUUGUAUAUGAUCACUGGACCAUUUAUGAAUUAUGAUCAGAUCAUUAUGAUUUCUUCUGUCAAGUAGUUAGUUUGAGUUAUUAUUCUCAUUACAAGUAGCUUUUAGGACCACUGUGUAUCAAUUCUGUGAAGCCAAUAUCAGUUGCUGUAAAUGCACUGUAAAAAUCAAGAUUUGAACAAUCUAGCAAAA